AAAGAAUUUGCCGAUAUCACCAAACUACAUGUGUUCAAACAGAAACAUACCUUUUUACGAUGCAUUAAAGUUAAAAAUUUAAAUUAAUGAAUAUGUUAAAACGGUAUCUGAAUGCAAAAACAUUACAGUAGUGAAACAAAAAUCGAUGAAGGUAGUUGGUUUAUGUGGUUUUAUGUAUUUGUUUGAACCAUGAGUGAAACAAACGUUAUUAAUAACGGAAACUCACAGCAUGACGAAGAGAUGGCUGGCGGUGGUGAUCCAAAAUGGCAGAAAGAUGCAGCAGACCAGAACUUUGACUACAUGUUCAAACUUCUAAUUAUAGGCAAUAGUUCUGUUGGAAAAACAAGUUUCUUGUUUCGAUACGCGGACGACUCGUUCACCUCAGCCUUUGUAUCGACCGUGGGGAUUGACUUCAAAGUGAAGACAGUCUUCAGACAUGACAAACGUGUCAAACUUCAGAUAUGGGAUACAGCAGGUCAAGAGCGCUAUCGUACCAUCACUACAGCGUAUUAUAGAGGCGCUAUGGGUUUCAUUUUGAUGUAUGAUAUAACCAACGAAGAGAGCUUUAACAGCGUUCAAGAUUGGGUGACACAAAUCAAAACUUACUCGUGGGACAACGCGCAAGUUAUCUUGGUAGGCAACAAGUGUGAUAUGGAGGAAGAACGAGUGGUGAGCGCAGAGCGAGGCCGUCAGCUCGCGGAGCAGCUUGGGGUUGAGUUUUACGAGACUAGCGCUAAAGAAAAUAUUAACGUCAAGGCUGUGUUUGAGCGGCUCGUCGAUAUUAUUUGCGAUAAAAUGUCGGAAAGUCUGGACUCAGAGCCAGCAAUGUUGGCAGGAGGAGCGCGUGGGCAGCGACUCACCGAACAACCGCAAGGCAGCAGCACCCCUAAUUGUAACUGUUAAUAAAAUUUACUUUUCUAUAACAGGUAUUCUGUUAUUAACUUACAUUAUUUACAUGUUGCCUGUCCACUAUAUAUUUUUUUUAAUCGUUGCUAUGUAUUCGACGAUUUCUGUUUACUGUAAAACAGACAAAAUAGACCCCAAAUGUUUAAUGUUAUCAUUUUUUUAAUGCGAUAGAUUUUAAAGAAAUUUGUGCUUUAUUUCUUCGUCUUUUCAAUUAACAAACGUUAUAGUAUUAUUGAUUGUUUUAAUAGUUAUAAUGUCAAGCAUAAAGUAAGGUAAGAGGUGAAAUUGAACGUUGUUAACUCGUGUAACGUUAAAAAGAAUAUUAUGUAUUAGUAUUACUGAUUCUAUAUAGGUGUUAGUUAGCUAUAUCUAUGUAUAUUGCGAGCUGGAGUAGGGAUCUGAUACUUGUAAUAGUUGUUAAUACUUUAUUAAUUUACGCCAUAUAUAACUUU